UCUAUGCGUUACCGGCAUGGGUAUGGUGAAGUGAUCCCCCAACCCAACCCAACUCCAAUUUCAUGCCUUUCGUCAAUGUGAAACUUCAUAAUAUCGAAUCUUGGAUGUUCAGUUUCAGGAACACUUUCCCUCCACCACUACCGCCCCUCAAACUUGACUGGUCCACGCAGAAAUUAUUUUUCUGGAGACUUGCAAACAUGGCCGGGAACUUGUCCGGGAAUGUGGAUAUGGAAACAGUUGAAAACCCAUGAUUUUUUGCAUGUUGAAUGGUUGCUUGUAGCAUAGCCUUCCAGUGACCAUUUCUUCUCGCUCCUUUCAGAACACCGACCAGCCAUAUAUGCCAACAAUCGUCUUUAGUGGUCGGCGAUGAUUUUGGAUAAGACAAGCAAAAUCCUCCUGCAGUUCCGUCUUGACUGUACGAUAUCAGCAGGAGGCCACUUUCUGCCCGCUCUCGCCAUACAUUGCGGUCCAUGAAUCUGCUGGAGCUUGCCUUUGAUUCCUGCUCGUCAUAUGAUUCAUCUCCAGAGAAGAAGACUGACCGAUUGAGCUCCAAGCCAACGGGGACCAACUGGGCCCCACUCUCCAGACGACAUUCUGGUGUUGGCUCUGUCAUGAUGUUUGUCAUGGUGAUCAUGUUGCAAUGACGGUCCCCUCUGAUCUCUGAUGAAGAGAAUCGAAUCUGGAUCGAGUUGAUGUCUGGAUGCAUGUCUGGAUGCAGUACAUGUAUCUUUUGGCUGACGUCACUGAACUUGAAGAAUUCUGGGAAUUGCGACGACCAUGGCCAAAAGCCGUCACUCUGUUUUUCAUCUCGCCCUCCUUUAGCACACUGUAUCAAGUGCAGCGGGCACGCCCCUUCUCGUGCCUUGAGAGCGACAAUGCAUGAAGCCACUAAAAUCGAUGGAUGGGCUGAGGAGGACUCGACUCGAUCGUUGUUGCCAUAGAGCAAAUCUCUGGAUAUCGAUGGCUUCAUUGCAGUAACUUAUCAUUAUUACAACAGGAUGAGGUAUUUCCCCUACGGAUACCGGUACCUCGCUACGCUCCUCUUCCUUGGAAAUUAUACGACGGGGCUUUCGCUCAGCCGUCGUCAAGGAUUGUGGAGAUCCAUAUCCGGAAAUAACUUGACUCGGUUUGCUGCAAAAGAUAGCAAUGACGGCAGUGACGAGGAUAUCCACACUUCCCUCUCUCGCCGCGAGCUUUUGCAGUGGGGCCCACUAUUGGCAGCGGCACUAUCCUCAGACAUUGGUUUAUCACCCGUAUUUGACGAUUAUCCCAACCAAAAUGCCAAUGCCGCUGUUCCAUCUGAACAAGCUGCCACUGUGAUGCGGCAACAGGUUCCAUUUUCAUCCUUGAGGCAAUACAAGUCCGUAACACUGAGCAAUGGGCUGAGGGUGCUACUAGUAAAUGAUAAAUCGGCUGUUCGAGGAGGAGUUGCCAUCAAGGUUUCUGGAGGGGGGCAGUUCUCUGAUCCUAAAGAGCUUCCUGGCUGUGCCCACUUGAUGGAGCAUAUGGUUCUGUCAUCAAAAUCCUCUUCCAGGUUCCGCAAAUCCUUGGACUUUGAAGAAUGGCUAAUUGACAAGGAGGGAGCCAGCAAUGCCUUUACAGGCUAUGAGCAAGUCUGUUUUCAUUUCAACUUGCCGUCAACGCCAACUGUGUUGAUGGAAGAAGCGUUGACUCGUUUUGCGUCUCACUUCAAUGAAGCAGAAGUUAACAAAGUCUGUCGGAAUGACGACGUGCUCAAGCGAGAAAUUAGGAGAGUCAAUGCUGAGCUUGACUUUGACAAUGAAUCAAUACAAUCCUUCUACCUUGUGAAGGGCAUGAUGAACCCAGAACAUCCAUAUGCCAAAUUUGCUCGUGGCAACAUUGACACCUUGGAGAGAAUGCCUAAAGAAGCGGGGAUCAAUGUUGGGAGUCGUUUGUUUGAAUUCUUCAAAGAGUUUUACCAGCCGACAAACUCCUUUCUGGUUGUGGUAGGACCAUAUGAACUGAGCUCGAUGGAACGAUGGGUUUCGCCUUUUUCUAGUGCCUUGUCGCGACAGCCCUGGCAGUCAAGUGCUCCCAGGCUGUUUCCAUCACCCCUAAAAGCCGACAGGAGGAUGAGACAGAUUUUGUUGUAUCGACCCAAGGUGGAUUCUCCCCUCAGAGAGGGCAUUGAGACCUUGAGUAUGCACUGGACUCUGGAGUUGGACUACACUGCUGACGCCGCUAAUAGGUUUGGAAGCAAUACUGUUACGGCAACUCAAGUCGGUUUUGUGAUCUCUCAGAUCCUGGGAAGGCGUGGGCCUGGCAGCCUUUACUACAUCUUGUAUCGACGAGGCUGGCUUCCAAAUGGAAUGCAGGGUCUUCCUAGAAUAUCGUUUCCCGUCGAUGUCUCUGGCUUUCAACUGAUGAAGUUGGACAUCGGUCUGACUGUAGAAGGGUUUGUGAACAGAGCGGUGGUUGUCGCCGAUGUCAUUAGAACAAUCAACACUGUAUUUUCGGGGGCCGCAAUGACCAAAUUCUUGGUGUCACGAGAGAUUCUAUCUCAGUAUGCUGUGGUGGCCCAGCUCCAUGGUUUUGUCUUGGCUCCAAGACCCUCUGAUGCAGUUGAACUAGCCGUAGAUGGUCUCCCAGCCGCUUCGGGUCGGAAAGAUGUGGAUCCUUGCGAAUGGAGCCGAUUCCCUUUACCGUAUGGACUUUCUGAUCUCCUUGCUUUGCAAAAAGUUGUGAAAGAAACUCUUGUGAAAAUGAGCGACCCCUCCAACGCCAUCGUCAUAACAACGGCAACUGACAAGUCUCUGAAAAAGGCGAAAGAUACAAGGAUCCUUGGUGAGACAGUUCCAUUUGUAGCCCCGGCGAAAUGGACCACAGCGCCAUUGACACGGGCGAAGUGCUAUAGAGAUGACUUGUUUCAAUUCACUGGAAUCGUGGGGGAGCUAUUUACAGCGAGCAUUCAGGAAGAUGAACUCCUUCCGCCACUGGUAAACAACCUGAUACCACCGAUGUUGCGUUCCCCUCGACUACCAUUAUCGCAAAAAGGAAUCGACCUCAAUGAAGGGCGAAACGAGAACUGGCGAGUUUUGACCAGCACUGCUUUUAUCUUGCGUAUUCCAACUAUGGCGCCAGAGAAGUCGUGUCGCUGCGCGUUUGUAUUUCAGUUGCUAUCCCCUCGACCAGCAAGGGCCAACACGAGGCAGGCAGCCUACGCUGAGCUUUGGAAGAUUUCUUUUGAAAAGGCUGUGGUCGACUUGGCAGAAUUGGGGGCUCCUGCAGGGCUUGCAUAUGAUAUGAGCUUUAACAAAUACGGCAUGCGUCUUUGUUUUCUCGGAAUCAGCCAGAACCUCCCUUCUUACAGCAGACGCUUCUGCCGCCGGUUAGUUCAACACCACAAAGACCUUUUGGCAGGUCCUGAGGUGCUGGACAAAGCAAUUACUGAAACUGCAGUGUACAACGCUGGACGAAGACGCGGCCCCAGCGCGCUGCGCAAAAGGGAAAUCGAAAGGGUCAUCAGAGAAACCUCAGCUUACGAGGCUGCAACCGAGGCCAUCGCCUUCUACAAAUCUGUGAACGGUGGGUGCUGUUUCUCUCAAGGCGAUCUCCUGCCAUUCGAGGUAUCUAGUCUCUUCAACGAUCUUCAGAGCAUAUUCAAUGGGGAGCUUGGCACGAAAGGAAAAUCAGAAACGACAACUAGCAUGCCAGUCGCAGACGACUUGGCCUACACACCCGUCUGGAAGCCUCGGUUCGGCUCAUCGUGCUCAAUCCCGGGAGUUCCGUUGCUUUCCGACGCUUGCGGCAGGGUUCCAAGAUGAGGAUGAAGGAAUGCUCUUUCUAAAACAGAGCCUGUCUCAAGGGGCUACCUAGUAUAACGGGUGAUUUGAAGUUCGGGCUUCCUUCAUCUCCUGGGCGUGACGCCUGAUAAUGCGUGCCAGCUCACGCAUCAGAGCCGCAUCUUGAGCCAACUCUACAGUCAAUUCUUCCCUUUUCGUGCUAUCCAUCCUUGGGGCAGAGCAUGGUGCUGCCGACACCCUUGGCAAUUUGUCCACGGUUUCAUCGCAAAGCAGCAUCUGCUCAUCAGGGUCGCUGCUCUUGGCAGGUGUGGAUUGUUGCUGUUGCUCUUGUUGAGCAACCCUUCUUGCUCCCGCCUCUGCUUCCUUGACGCUGGUCAUGACUUCUGCCAAGUCGAGUUCAACAGCAGCCAGCUGCGCCGAUCCCACUAGAUCGUAGUAAGAAUACUCUCGACUGAUUUCAAUAUCCGCACCACCAAGUAGACCAGCAUCCUUUUUUCGUUGCAAGA